AGCUCCUAGGUCGAAGCUGCCCGCCGCCUGGCCCGCCCGCCAUCGUAACCUAAUCGACAUAUCGGAGCUCUGAAAGCGGUAUACAACAACAUUUGACCACUUUCUCUGCCCAUAUCCAAAAUCAUCAUGUCGUCCUUCAGUCCCACCCAGAUCUUUGAGGAUGGAACCACCGAGGAGAAGGGCGAGAACGCUCGUCUUUCGGCCUUCGUAGGUGCCAUCGCCGUCGGCGACCUUGUCAAGUCCACUCUUGGCCCCAAGGGGAUGGACAAGAUCCUCCAGUCAGCCUCGACCGCUGAGAUUAUGGUGACAAACGACGGUGCCACCAUCCUCAAAGCCAUCUCGCUCGACAACGCCGCCGCCAAGGUCCUCGUCAACAUCUCCAAGGUUCAAGAUGACGAAGUGGGCGAUGGAACAACAUCAGUGGCCGUUUUGGCAGCAGAGCUCCUGCGAGAGGCCGAAAAGUUGGUGGACAAGAAGAUACAUCCUCAGACCAUUAUUGAAGGGUAUCGGAUAGCAAGUCAAGCUGCCCUGAAAGCGUUGGAGCAGUCGGCCGUCGACCACAGCAAGAACCCAGAGGCUUUCAAGAAGGACCUUCUCGCCAUUGCACGGACGACCCUCUCCUCCAAAGUUCUCUCCCAGGACCGAGACCUCUUCGCCAAGCUCGCCGUAGAUGCCGUUCUCCGUCUCAAAGGUUCCUCCGACCUCUCCCACAUUCAGAUUAUCAAGAAGGCUGGUGGCAAGCUGUCCGACUCAUAUCUCGACGAGGGUUUUAUUCUGGACAAGAAGAUUGGAGUCAAUCAACCGAAGCGGCUGGAGAAGGCCAAAAUCUUGGUGGCCAACACGAGCAUGGACACGGACAAGGUCAAGAUUUUUGGGGCUCGUGUCAAGGUCACAGGUACAUCCAAGCUGGCCGACCUCGAGAAGGCAGAGAAGGACAAGAUGAAGGCAAAGGUCGAGAAGAUCAAGGCACAUGGCAUCAACUGCUUCAUCAACCGCCAGCUUAUCUACAACUGGCCCGAACAGCUGUUCACCGACGCAGGAAUCAUGUCCAUUGAGCACGCCGACUUCGACGGCAUCGAACGUCUGGCGCUUGUGACCGGUGGCGAGAUCACAUCCACUUUUGACCACCCCGAACAAGUCAAGCUGGGACACUGCGAUCUGAUUGAAGAGGUUCUUAUUGGGGAGGACACACUGAUCAAGUUCUCUGGAGUCGCGGCAGGGCAGGCUUGCACAAUUGUUCUACGCGGUGCGACAGACCAGCUUCUCGACGAAGCCGACCGCUCGCUGCACGAUGCCUUGGCGGUCCUUUCGCAGACCGUGAUAGAACCCCGCACCACACUGGGAGGCGGAUGUGCAGAGAUGCUGAUGGCGAAGGCCGUUGAGAGUGUAGCUACACGAGUGGAGGGCAAGAAGCAGAUCGCAGUGUCGUCAUUCGCCGUUGCGUUAAGACAGCUUCCGACCAUCUUGGCGGACAACGCUGGUUUGGAUUCCAGUGAGCUGAUCGCGAGGCUCAGGAAGGCAAUCUACGAUGGCAUGAGCACGUACGGUCUGGAUCUGAUGACGCCCGGUGGCGGUAUUACGGAUAUGCGGGAUCUUGGUGUCAUCGAGAGUUACAAACUGAAGAAAGCUGUGGUGUCGAGUGCGAGCGAAGCAGCAGAGCUGUUACUGCGAGUAGACGACAUUAUUCGUGCGGCACCAAGGAGACGGGAGCGCAACUAAAACAUCAACCCCCGAGUUGAUAUGAGAUGGGCUGGCGUUGGAAAAGGGAAUGGGGCAAUGAUACAAAACGCAUCGCGCUGCGUCGGGUGUACUAUACCAUAGACUUUGCCAUACCCAGUAAUGAGAAUGAAACCUGUGCCAUGUUGUUAGUUGGGUGAGUCAGUAUUGGGUGCACAUUCCUAUGGCCGGUUCGUGAACCGCUCCCAGUUGCGUUGCUCACUUUCGUCGCAAGUCAGGUGGCUCCACGCCCGCAAAAGACUAGCUGGACAACCUAAUGACAGCCUGGACUCUUGAUUUCGUCUGCAACAAGCUCCUCUCAAUC